CUCCAGUUUGCCUGUUUCCUGGUUCCUGUUUGCUGCCUCCAGUUUGCCUGUUUCCUGGUUUCUGGCGUAAGCUGUAACAGCCUUGCCAGGCGAUGGCGCCCAAGAUCCAUGUAAACAACCAGGCUUCAUUGGCUCAGUCCUUGUAAAAUGGAUUACCAGUUUUGCCCCUUUUAUAUUAGUUCCUUUACAAUCCUAUCGCCCCCAAAUUGAACAGUUAUGUUCAAUGUGUUUAUAUUAGCAUGUAUUAUUUUUCAAGGGUUACAGUUUUGAUGCAGCCAUUUGUAUGAGAUAUUUGGUGUGAGAUCUGUUUUUGGCGCCACACAAAGUCUAAACAAACAACAUAAUCAGUGGUAAAGUUUGAGUAGCAUCCAAUUACUGGUAAGGAGAUUGUUGGCAGAUUAGUAGGGAGCCAUGGCUGGUCCUUCAUCUUCAGUGGUGCUGAUGAGAGUAUCCCAGUAGCCCCGCCCACUCAGAAAGAGAAAGAGAAAGAGAGAGAGAGAGCGAUGCGAACAUGCUGCUCGUCCAGACGCGACCGGACCAGUUUGGACUGUACUCCCUACUGCAACUCUCCAUCUGUUCCCCACCAAAUUUGCCAAUAGGCUGAUGAAAAAACAAACAAACAAAAAAACAAGAGGAUUUUAUUUUGUGGAAUUUUGCCAGUGAUUGAGCUCAUCCAUGAACUGGGACACGGUGAAAGAACUCGUAGUAUAGUCGUCGCCUUGCAACUCCUAUCUUUGACAUGUGUGCAUAGCCACAAAAAGCCAUUUGGCAACAGCUUGCACGGGAAGUAAAUUUUCCCGCCUUUUUUUUGUUCUCUUAAUUUUUUUUGGGGUGCACAUUUGUUUUUGUUUUUUACAUCAGCAAUGGCUGACAGUAAUGCAGAAUGCAAUAUCAAGGUGUUGUGUCGUUUUCGUCCACUCAACCGUUCGGAAACCCUCCGUGGAGAUAAGUUCAUACCGAUAUUUCAAGGGGACGACACCGUCAUCCUUGGGGGGAGGUCCUACGUGUUUGACCAGGUGUUCCCCACCAACGCCACCCAGGAGCAGGUCUACAACACCUGUGCCAAGCAAAUUGUCAAAGAUGUUCUGGGUGGCUACAACGGCACCAUCUUUGCCUAUGGCCAGACCUCCUCUGGAAAGACACACACGAUGGAGGGAAAGCUCCACGACCCCCAAGGGAUGGGCAUCAUUCCCCGGAUUGCCGAAGACAUCUUCCAUUACAUAUUUGCCAUGGAGGAGAACCUAGAAUUCCACAUCAAGGUAUCCUACUUUGAGAUCUACAUGGAUAAAAUCCGUGACCUGCUGGACGUGACAAAAACCAACCUGUCCGUGCAUGAAGACAAACACAGAGUUCCUUACGUGAAGGGAUGCACAGAGCGCUUUGUCACAAGUCCCGACGAGGUGAUGGACGUGAUAGACGAGGGAAAGGUGAAUCGCCACGUCGCCGUCACCAACAUGAACGAGCACAGUUCCCGCAGUCACAGCAUCUUCCUGAUCAGCAUCAAACAGGAGAACGUGGAGACUGAGCUCCAGCUUAGCGGGAAGCUUUACCUGGUGGACCUGGCCGGGAGUGAAAAGGUCAGCAAGACGGGGGCAGAGGGAGCGGUGCUGGAUGAAGCCAAGAACAUCAACAGGUCCUUGUCGGCCCUCGGCAACGUCAUCUCAGCUUUGGCCGAAGGAACGAAGCCUCAUGUGCCGUACCGUGACAGCAAAAUGACGCGCAUCUUACAGGACUCACUCGGGGGGAACUGUCGCACCACCAUGUUUAUCUGCUGCUCUCCCUCCAGCUACAAUGACACAGAGACCAGGUCCACGCUCAUGUUUGGCCAAAGGGCAAAGACCAUCCGGAACACUGUGACGGUGAACCUUGAGCUGACGGCCGAGCAGUGGAAGAGGAAGUACGAAAAGGAGAAGGAGAAGAACAGGUUGCUGAAGGAGACCGUGCAGAAGCUGGAUGCUGAGCUUGGCUGCUGGAAGAAUGGCGAGAUUUCCACCAUGUUGGAUCAUGAUGAUCAAAGGUCAGAGGAGGAAGAGGACUUUCUGCUACCGCCGCCACCUGACUGUGAGGAACCGGUGCUGGAUAUCUGCAGCCCUUGCUCCCUCGCCUCCUCCAUUGUGGUGCAUAUCUCGGAGGAAGAGCGUCACAAGUACGAGGAGGAGAUCCGGAAGCUUUACAAACAGCUGGAUGACAAGGAUGCUGAGAUAGACUACCAGAGCCAGAUGGUGGAGAAGCUGAAGGAGCAGAUGCUGAAGCAAGAGGAGUUCCUGGCAUCUUCCAAGGGUGAUGGCGAGCGGGUGCAGUCGGAGCUCGGCAGGCUGCAGUCGGAGAACGAGUGCGUCAAGACGGAGGUGAAGGAGGUGCUCCAGGCCCUGGAGGAGCUGGCGGUCAACUACGACCAGAAGUGCCUUGAGGUGGAGGAGAAGAGCGUGCAGAACAAGCUGUUGGCUGAGGAGCUCGCCAAGAAAAUGGCUCGCCUCAUGGCGUUGGAGGUGGAGCUCUCCCGCCUUCAGGAGGCAAGCCGCCACCAGAGAAAACGCAUUGCAGAGGUCCUCAACGGGCUGAUGAGGGACCUGAGCGAGUUCAGCGCCAUCGUGGGCAACAGGGACAUCAAACUGUCCAUUGAGUUCUCGGGUGUCAUCGAGGAGGAGUUCACGGUCGCCAGGCUCUACAUCAGUAAGCUUAAGUCGGAGGUGAAGUCCAUGGUGAAGCGCUGCCGCCAGCUGGAGAACCUUCAGACUGAGUGUCACCGCAAGAUGGAGGAGACGGGCCGAGAAAUGUCCUCCUGCCACCUCCUCAUUGCCCAGCACGAGGCCAAGAUCUGCUCGCUCAGCGAGUACACACACAACAUGGAGAGGAAGAGGAGACAGUUGGAGGAAAGCUACGACUCUCUGGCAGACGAGCUGGACAAAGUCCAAGUUGGAGAGGCCUUUGCACAGUUGGCCAGGAGGGAGAAUCACUCAGUCCAGGAAUCCUGUGACAUCCAGAAGUUUCUGGAGCAGCAGAUGGAGUCGCACCGCGCGGCGCACAGCAAGCAGCUCGGCCGUCUGCGAGACAAGAUCAAUGAGCAGCAGCGGCUCAUCAACGACUUAACAGACUGCAACCAGAAACAAGAGCUGGAGCUGGAGCAACUGCACGGAGACUUUGAGUGUCUCUUGAGCCGAGAGCAUCAAACGAGUCGACAGCUGGAGGAGCUGACAUUCCUCCACGAGCGACACGAGCAAUCCAAGCAGGACCUGAAGGGACUUGAAGAGACGGUGGCUCGAGAGCUGCACACCCUACACAACCUGCGCAGGCUGUUUGUUCACGACCUCACCACUCGAGUGAGAAAAAGUGCAGCGCUGGAGCCUGAUGAUGGUGGAGGAUACAUCACCCAGAAGCAGAAGAUUUCCUUUCUGGAGAACAACCUGGACCAGCUGACUAAAGUCCACAAGCAGCUGGUACGUGACAAUUCAGACCUGCGCUGUGAGCUUCCCAAACUGGAGAAACGUCUUCGGUCUACAGCUGAGCGUGUCAAAGCGCUGGAGGGGGCGCUGAAGGAAGCCAAAGAGGGAGCCAUGAAGGAUCGACACCACUACCAGCGGGAGGUGGAGCGCAUCAAAGACGUGAUGCGCGUGCAAAAUCCCUUUCGUCGCCCUUACGCUGCACACAUAGCCAAGCCUGUGCGUCCUGGCCACCAGUCGCCCACUCAUGCCGUCUUCAUCCAAAGCCACAGCCAUCGCCCUGUCGCCCUGCCGGAUGUUCCUCACAACCACCCACAGGCUCCACUCGCUGCUGCUGCUGCCUCUGCUACGGAACCAGAAAGUGACCACGCUGCUGUUGAAACCAACCAGAACCCGCCUGCCAAGCGCUUGGACCAUCAGAACAACGCUCAGAACUUGCCUCCCGCAAGCCAAACGGACACUGCGGAGACGCUCGAUUCAGAAAAUGGAAACACCACAGACAUCAACGACAACCGCACGUGUUUGAACGUCAACGCCAUGUCCAUGACUGACGUCUGUGACAACCGCAACCCAAGCAAACACAGCAGCUUGAACUCCAACGCCAGCUAGUAGAAAGCCUGCAAGAUGAUCGGCCAUCUGGUAGCUCCAUCCUCACCUGCUGUCAACCCACCUUCAACUUCUUUGGUGCGCCUUCCUGUCCCCUGCUGCUCCCUCUUCUUCUUUUUCUUCUGCUUCUGUCACUUCCUUCCUGGGCGACGUGGCGAGGACUGCUAAACAGAUGUAGAUGUGGAGGUGACCACUGCACGCUGCUGUUUGUCACAGCCUAGUAUGUUUGUUAUUAAUAUUCAUGUUGCAUGCUGACCCAAAAAAACAGAACCCAUAAAAGUGGCAUAAAUCCUACAAACCUUAAAAUUCAGUCUGAUCAUUCCCGACACGUUCAGUUAUCCUGGUCGCUUUUCUUGUAAGUCACGUUAUUUCCAAUAUAUGCUCCAAAUGGGCGCGUCCGUUCGAUGGCAGAAUUGAAUGAAGGGAGUGAACCCUCCUGUCGGUCAUCCACAAUCUUUAUCCCUGGGACUGCCGGCCUGCACCAGACACAGAGUCUUGUUAGAUGCUGGUGAGAAGCGCCACAAAGUAACAACAAUUACAGGCAACGUUCCCUUUAAGGUGCGCGCCUAUGCAAUUGCGCACUGCUCAAGCGUCCUCUGCGCACGGCAAAUCUAUGCCGCGCACAAAAUCAAAUAAAAAAAUAAGCGCAUAACACUUUUCGACACAAGGACACAACAGAGAAAACAGUUUUCGUCAUCAUUUUCAAAUAUUGUAACGUCUGUCGAGACGCUUUGAGGACAUGAAUUCCAUUGAUCACUUUACUGAGCAAAACUCUUCAUUGUCGGCCAUAAACACAUCACCAAAAC